CGUCACACAUUAAAUAUGGCGGCGCUCCGAGGACUUUCACGGUUGCAUUAAAGAGCUGAUUUCAACGAUAAACGCUGAACUUGAUAUGCAGUAUUUAUGUGAAAGUCUGCUGGAUUAAACUAAAAUCGAAUACAAUGGGAUUGGAGCGUCUGCUGUGUGGGCUGUCGCGGUUUUAUUCCGGACAGCUCGCACUCGUUAAUGUUCAACACAAAGUCAACUUGUUUGGAAAAGCGUCCACAUCGACUCAGACUUCACCGAGUGCCGUCCUGUCCAAGUGGGUCACAUGUAUUCCUGGUCUCAGCCGUGGGAUAUGCGUCCACACAAGCCGUCACGCCACUCUCAAACAGCUGACAGCCCGCCGCGGCCUCUCCACCUCCAGCCAGCCUUCCAAAGAUGUCACCCUGUUCGAGCACGACAAGACGCGCUUCUUCCGGCUCCUAUCACUCUUCUGUGGCGGACAGGUCGUCUUCUGGACGUGCAUGGCUCACUUCGCCUUCACCGGGCUUAGAAACACUGGGGGCGCUUCAGAUAAAGGGAAAGCCAAGGCGCAAACCACCACCACCACAGGGCUGGCUGGGAUGUGGAGUUUUGAGAUGAACCUAGGAUCGAACACCUGGAGGUACGGCUUCACCCUCGGAUGCCUGGCUAUAGGCGCAGUGAUCGUGAGCGUCGGGACUCUAUUUUGCCGUCGUUCUGUCAGCAAGGUGGUUUUACACCGGGGAGGGAAGAUGGUGACAGUUUGCACACAGUCACCCUUGGGUCCAGACCUAGGGCAGAAAAUCACAGUCCCACUGUCUGAGGUUGCCUGUCACGCCCAUAGACAGGAGUCCCAUUCAUUCAUCCCGCUCAGGGUCAAAGGACACAAGUUCUACUUUCUCCUGGACAAAGACGGGACUGUGAACAACUCCAGGCUAUUUGAUGUCACCGUUGGGGCAUAUCGGUCAUUUUAAUAACUGUUUGGUGGACUGGUCAUCAGAUCUAAUUUUGCAAUAACAUGACAGUUGUAUGAUUAUCUCCUCACCUAAAUAAAAAUAAAUCUUCCACACUG